AGUAGAGCAAAUCUCAAAUAGGUGUAGCAAGUAUCGUAAUCAAUUGGCGGGAACUGAUUGGGAGCCCUGUAAUGUUGUCAUUCCAGGACCCUGGGAGGUAAUUUAGCGUAUUUUAGUUGCUAAAUUAACUACCUAAGCUCGCUAAGUAACUGCAAGGCAUUCUCGCAGAUGGCAUCAUGGCCCACAUCAGCAGCCAAGGACUCUCUGCUGGGGCCUCUGAAAGAAGCCGGUACUUUCAUCCCCACCCAGAACAUUGGAGACAUGAGGUACCUCGAUGGGCUCAGAGCUUGGCAUCAUUUGGAGAUUCCAUUCAGAGGAGUAGGUACCAGUAGACGGAGUCUUGAUGCAUUUGAUAUCUUGUUUAUCCAAGCUUCGAUCUCACGACAUAGAGAUAAUACCGAGCAUCUCUCUUGAUGUAAUGCAGUGGAAGCUUAUACAAGAUGCCUUUCCAAUUCACACUACCGACCACAUCGGCAUUCUCCUUCUCAUCAAGCUUCACAAGUGAAUCACAUCCCUCUCUGCCCCUCAAUGCGAGCACACAUCGAGGCGUAGUGAGAGAUGGACUGAAAAAGUACAAAAGACUUCCACCGUCAUCACAAGGCCAACAUCUCCCCUCCAUUAUAUCCAAUAUUAAUGCCUACCUAGCCUAUGCCUUCGCCAUCGAUGCUGGCUUGAGUCGUGCAUCCUUGCAAGGGGAGGAGAUUAGUGUUGUCCUAACAUCUACGCCUACAAUAGAAUGGCGCCCAGCGAUAUCUGGCAAUGCUGUCCCGGGCCGAGAAACACCGCGGAUCAGAAUCCAAUCUCUGGAAUAUGACAUAUUCUUUGCACUCUCGACCUUGGGAUACGCCUAUACCCUGCGAGCUCGUGCCUCGCUUCACCCGCUUUAUGUCACUUCAGGCGCUCCAAUGAGCCCACAGGACCGUACAACGGCCAUAACAACAGCCACGAAACAUUUGUUGGACGCGGCCUCGGUGCAUGACUACUUGGCUCGGCGUGCCGAAGCCCUCUCUACCGCCUCGCCCUGCCCAGAUAUCGCGCAGUCUACAGUCCGAGCCAUGGCCUCUCUAGCUCUUGCAGAGGCCACGCUGCUAGCCGUCUUGAAGGAUGAUCCAUAUCCCGCCGUUGUUGCUCAAGAUCGCAAUGAUAACGAUCGCGAAUGGAUGUAUAAGGCUCCCGAGAUUCCUAAAGUACGAGCCCACUUAUUUGCGCGACUAUGCCUUGCGGCCGCCGACCAUGCUGCUCAGGCUUCUUCUCUUUGUGAAGCAGUGAAGGGGAAAGGAUCAUCAAAGCUAAAUGAUGACUUGCUGCGAUACCUAGACGAUUUCCGAAAGACAAGCCGUGCAAAGGCAUGUCGUUUCUUUGGUAUCGAUGCUGAGUUAUCCGGCCAGACUGGCAAUGCGCUUGGCUGGUUAAGAUGCGGUUUUCAAGAACUCGGAAUCGAACUAAAGGAGGCAAAAAAGGGGCUGAGUCUCAGUCGCAUGAAGAAGGAUUGGUCUGAAAGGAGGGAGGACAAAAAGAUUGAGAGGGGUACGAAUUGGGGAUCUGAAGCUGGAAAGCUAGAAGAGACCAGAGUAAUUGAGAUGCUGGAGACCAAAUGGACCAAAGUCAAUGAUACGAUGCUCACGCAGACGAUACCGCCAAUUACAACGAUGUUAUCGAGUCUUCCUUCGGGUAGGGAUAUUCAUUCCAUUAAACCAUACCAAAUGCCUGAGCUCUCCAAGCAAACCCUUGAGUCAAUGCGCGUCGUCCCAGACCGAGCAGACGAUUAUGGGGGAGAACAGCUCAGCUCCGAUGAUGAGGACAGAACGGCGGUUGGAACGCCAGUGGGCGCGUUCCCAGGCACAUCCGAGAAUUACCGUAGCGAGAGCACCAGGUCCUACUAUUAAGAAUGUAUAGAAUGUCGCGAUAGAUGGACAAUAUCAGUCCCCACCCAGCCGUGUGGGGAUACUAUCAAGGCGAGUCGGUCUCCCAGGACGCCAAGCUUUUGUCACUGAAAGAAUAUAUUUCGCCUCGAGCUUAUCUAAGUUACUCAG